UUUUUUUUUUUUUUUUUUGCCCUAGCGGAGUUCGAUGGUGGUGAUCGAGCCCAAUCCCGAUGCCGAGGAUCGCCGGAGACGGCGUACGAAUCUCAGAGCGCCGGGCGCUCCUCCUGAGGCCGCUGCGGCUCCGCCGCCCCGGGGCGUCGCCGGCGCCGGAGACGAUGGAGGCGACUCCGACUCCGACGAAUCCCCGGAGAGUGCUCGUAACAACAUGCGCAUAAAAGAGAGCUCUUCGGGAGUAGAGCCAGCGGAAGACCGAAGCGCCAACUCGAGCGAAGAAUGUUCUGCUGGAAAGGAAAACGGAAUGGCGGCGGUCGCGCACGAGGAACCCACGACUAGUGCGGCAGACGAUGCGCUGGUUCCGAAAGUGGGGAUGAGAUUCAAGAGCAUCGAAGAAGCUUUUCUGUUCUACACGGCGUACGGGUAUCGAACCGGCUUCGGCGUCACGAGACGAACGAGCCACAGCAUGCACGGAAAGAAGUACCGUCAAACAUUUACUUGCUGUAAAGAAGGGAAUCCGAGAGUGAAAAAGGCGGUCGUCAAGUGCAGGAGAAGACCCAUAGUUAAAUGCGGAUGCCGAGCCAUGAUGGUUAUAAAAGACCCCGCUUUAAAGGAUUCGUGGGUUAUCGAUUAUGUUAUACUGAAGCACAAUCACCCACUCGAUCCCGAUCGGGUUCGGUUCAUGAAAUGCUUCCGAGAACUGCCGAUCACGAUUAAGAGGCAGCUUCACGUGAACGAAUUCCAGGGCACGCUUCCCACCAUGCCCAUCAACGCGGUCAUUUCUCAGGCGGCCGAAAACAUGAGUUCCUCGUCCAACCAGAAGGGUUCCAGAAACCUUGCGGAUCAGAUGAGGAGACUUAGACUUGGAGAGGGAGAUGCCGAGGCUCUUACGAAGUUCUUUGACGCCAUGCAACUGCGAAACCCGAGCUUUUUUUACAGUUGCGAUAUGGAUGCGAAUGGCCUUCUUGCGAACGUCUUUUGGGCUGAUGCGAGAUCGCGAGCUGCGUAUCGGCACUUCAACGACGUUGUUACUUUCGAUACGACCUACUCAUCGAGCAAAUACCAUAUCCCUUUGGUUCUCUUUCUGGGAGUAAAUCACCAUGGCCAAUCUAUCUUGCUAGGUUGCGGUCUUCUCGCCAGCGAGAGUAAAGAAUCCUAUGUCUGGAUCUUUAAAAGGUGGCUAAGGUGCAUGAACGACAAGUCUCCGAACGCUAUAAUUACUAAUCAAGACGAAGCAAUUCGUGGGGCGGUUCAGGAAGUGCUUCCUAGUGCUCGACAUCGUUUUUGCCUCUGGCAUGUCAUGAGGAAGCUACCUGAAAAGCUGGGGAAAGCGCAAGCGAAGGAGGAAAUAGUCAGUAAAUUAAGUAAAGCUGUCCAUGAUUCCAUAACCAUAAAUGAAUUCGAGAUGGAAUGGGAGGAAACAGUUGUUAAAUACCAACUCCAUGAUAAUGAGUAUCUAUCGUCCUUGUAUGAAGAUCGGAAGCAGUGGGUUCCCGUUUACGUGAGAAGCGCUUUCUGGGCGUCCAUGUCUUCCACCCAUGAUAACGAAAGCGGAAAUGCUUUCUUUGAUGGUUUCGUGACCUCUAAGACCUCGCUAAAGAAGUUUCUAGAGCAAUAUGAUAGCGUUCUGAAAGAUAAGUGGGACAAAGAGGUUCAAGAGGAUUUCCACUCAUCACACACUUCGCCCCAGCUAAUAUCCGGAUUUGAAUUUGAGAAACAAAUUGCAAAAUUGUAUACUGCGAACAUGUUUCAGAAGUUCCAAGAUGAGGUCAGGCACUUAAUCCAAUGUGUGUGCACACGAGUCGAGAGGAACGGCCCUAUAGUAACGUACAUGGUCACCGAACUUAUUGAGAGCCGGCAACUUGACUACAAGGUCACCUACAAUUCAGCCGAGCACGAGGUGUGGUGUAUUUGUUGCUCUUUCGAAUAUAGUGGUAUAUUGUGUAGGCAUGCAUUGUGCGUGCUUCGGCAAGAAUUCGUCGUGAUAUUACCUUCGAAGUAUGUAUUAGCCCGUUGGAGAAAGGAUUUCAAGAUAUUGCAAGCUUUCAACUCUACUCCACAAAUGGCGUUAACGGGCGAAACGGGGAACUACGAUGAACUUGUCGCGCGUGGCCAACAAUACCUUUUGGAUAUCGCGGAUUUUGCGGCAUUUAAUCAUGAUAUGAAAGUGUACGCGCUCAACGCUUUGAGGGAGGCGAGGGACAAAGUAGUGAAGCAAGAGGUCUCGCUCGGCGAUAGGACCGUCGAUGACGAUAGCCUUCACAAUACUCUUCUCGCGAGCAAUAUUUGUAUUCCCCCGAACAUGGACGUACAAAGCGAUGGGCUUUUCUUGGCUUCUGCGACCAAGGUCUUCGACUCUCCCCGCGCCCACCCUAAGGUUCCUCAUAAGAAGAGGCCUGUUAGCCAGAGGGAAAGAGCUUCUGAGGAAUUAAAGAAACAGAGAAGGGAAAACGACUCGAUUAUCGCCAGUAAAAAUGUCGGCCUGCAUGUUCUCGAGAAUCAGUCUAAUGCGGCAGUUCCAAUGACCCAAUUUACGACACAAGAAAACUUUUCGGUCCAGGUGGGGUCGGAUCCUUCGCCUUGGUUAUACAACCCCUCUUAUUUCUAUUGGCACGGGGCUGGUAUUCAAGACCCGACGAGAAGAACAUGAUGAUGUGCCGUUUAAUUUCGUCUUUCGGCGAGUAUUCGAUUCGUUAUAGCACCCUAAAGGAGAACUGAGCCUCAAUGGCACUAAAUCUAUCGAAGAUCCGAACCCAAACUCGCGCACUUUUCUCGCAAACAUGAGCUCACUUAGAAGUGGAGUUACCUGAUUCAGAAAUGGGAGGAUAAUAUGUAUCAAUGCAAUAUGUAAAUUAUGUAGUUUUAGGAAACUCUUUUUUGUUUUGCUGUUUCUUUUCUUUUCUUUUCUUUUCUUUUUUUUAUUCCUUUGUGUUGGAGUAUUAAGUAGUGGUUGUUGAUCCUUGUUUAGUUGAAUAAUUCAAGCUUAUGGUUGAAAAAAAAAAAAGAAGAAAUUUCUCUUUUUUUUUUUUGGGCAUUGGGGCAUCAUGCAAAAUUCGUGAGAAAAAUGCAAUGGAUGAUUUGAGUAAA